AAAAAUGGUUGUUACGUGUGAGAUCAGCUUCGAUAAUAAUAGAUUCGGCACUUUCUAUGCCGGACAGCUGGUGGGUGGCUGUGCGACUCUCAAGUCCGACAAACCAAAGGAGGUUCAAGCUGUCUUGCUCAAGGUAGUCGGCUACUCCAUCACCAAAUGGAGUGAAAAGAGUCUGGGAUCUACUAAGCAGUAUGCGGGCAGAGAAGACUAUCUAUCAUACAACACAUAUCUGGUGGGAUCCGAGCAAAACAACAACAGACACACCAUACAGGCUGGGGUGCACAACUAUAACUUUUCCUGCCAGCUGCCCUACCAGUGCCCUUCGUCCUUUGAGGGUCGCUAUGGCUGCAUUCGCUAUAUAGUCAAAGUAUUGCUCAUUCGACCCUGGAAAUACGAUCAGGCCUAUGCCACGGGAUUCACAGUGCUCAAGAUGAUGGAUCUGAACUUUGAAACGCCACAGCUUCGGUUGGCGGCACACAGCGAGGGGUAUCGCACCUUCUGCUGUGGUCCCUGCAAGACGGAUCCCUUGAAGCUGGAGCUGAAUCUGCCCCAGGCGGGAUAUGUGCCUGGGCAGAAGAUCCCCGUCACCGUUGUGGUGGUGAACAACAGCAGUGUGGCCGUCUCCGAGCUCCGGCUCUCCCUGGUGAUGCUCGUCCGCUACUUCAGCCUCAGUCCGGACCACGCACGCGUCGAACGCAUUAUCAUCUCCAGAGCGAAAGGAGAUGCCGUGCUGAAACAGUGCACCCGCUCCCUGACCAUUGGCCUGCCCGUACCCUCCACGCCUCCCACCUGUGUGGAGCUAAGCAAUCUCAUCCAGAUUGCCUACCAGGUGGAGGUGGAGGCGUUGGUCAAGAGCCUCCGCGAGGAGCAGCUGAUGAUCAUGCCCGUGACGAUUGGCACCAUGCCUCUGGCCGUAUCGGGGAUUGUUGUCCAGCAGCCAAUACGUCGAAGUGCUCGCUAUGACGGUCCUGCAGACGAGUUGCCUGUGGUCACGGCCCUGGGGAGUGUGCCCAACGAUUUGAUACCCAGUCAAGGGGAUAUAUACGCUCCCAAAUAUGAGGAGUCCCGUCACACGCCCCGCGGAAAUAUCAAUGAGGAGGAGAUCCAUGCGUUUGGCAUCAACGAAUUUGCACCCCUUUAUCCCGUUUACAGCAUACCAAGUCCCCCGCCAAAUUUCCCAGCGAAUGCGACCAAUGCAGGUUUCGUCAAUCAGAGUUUUGAAAAGUAACAGCUUGCACUGCAGUGAACUGCUUGCUGCUGUUAAGCUCCACUGCUUUCGGCUGUUAAGUUCCCACUGGUACGCUUAAGCUUAUACUGUUAUUGAUGUUAUACAUAGCUGUUUUAUGGGGGUGUAUAAUGUAGCACAGCACAAAUUAAGUGUUUCGUAUGACAAAAGUUAUAGGGGUUGAAAAAGUUAUAGAAAAGUUUAUGGAAUUUGUUUCGUUAAGACUGUUCUAUUUGUCAUACAAGAAGCUAUAACGUUUAUAAUUGUUAUAUUUAUGGUAUCUGUAGAU